CUGGUUUUCUGCUGCACACACUGCUCGCUGGUAGCUGCAGGCGGAAGAGGUGUGCUUAACAGUUAACCUUUUCGUCGUGAGACAAUGUGAAAAUGGCGUUAUGAAAAGAAACAGUCGCGGGCUACGGGCAAAUAAAGUUUUCAGAGCAGCAUGGGCAACACCAGCAGUGAGAGAAGCGCAGCGGAGAAGACACAGCGGCGAGAGAGCCGUGGUGGCAAAGAUGGUGCUCGACCCAAAAUCCUAAUGGACAGUGUGGAGGACGGAGACCUCUUCCAAACAGAUGAUGCAAAGGAGUUUCUAGCCUGGCAGCAUGAUCAGGAAUCAGAGGCUAAAGCCCUGCCAGAGGAAAGGCCCACUGUGUUCCGCUGGAAUGGUCCAGGGAAAGAGAUUUACUUGUCUGGCUCCUUCAAUAACUGGUCAAGCAAAAUCCCCUUGAGUAAAAGUCAUAAUAAUUUUGUGGCCAUAAUUGACCUGCCUGAAGGAGAGCACCAGUAUAAGUUCUAUGUGGACGGACACUGGACAUUAGACCCCAAAGAGCCUUUUGUGACUAACAAGUCAGGUGUGGUGAAUAAUGUUAUUAAAGUGAGGAAAACAGACUUUGAGGUUUUUGAUGCACUGAAGACAGACUCUGAGAAAUGUGCCGACUUGUCAGACUUAUCCAGCUCCCCACCUGGACCGUACCAUCAGGAUUCCUACUCAACCAAAUCAGAAGACAAACUGCGCACUCCUCCUAUACUCCCACCACACCUGCUGCAGGUGCUCCUCAACAAAGACACUGGAAUCUCUUGUGACCCAACACUGCUGCCUGAACCAAACCAUGUGAUGCUCAACCACCUGUACGCCCUUUCCAUCAAGGAUGGUGUGAUGGUCCUUAGUGCAACGCACCGUUACAAAAAGAAGUAUGUGACCACCCUGCUGUACAAGCCUAUAUGAUCUCAAUCCAUCAACCUAUUCUCUCUGGUUUCUGCCUUAUACAGUCAUCUACUGCUAAAUGUUAUUCAUCAAAGAAAGUGACCAGACCUAUCUUACACCAGCAAACUCGCAUGUGACUUUAUAUUUGUCUCUUUCUGAAAAUCAGCUUCUGAUCCAUAAACCAUUAUCUACAGUGUCUGCACAACUGUGUGUUUGCUAAAUGUAAACAAAUAUCAUUUCUUAUGAAGCUUGCAGACAUGUAAGUGUUUUGUAUGUAGCUCUUCGGUUUAUACAUUUCAAAAUACUCCUAGAUCAUUAAAAGGACAUCUGUGAUGUCUGUUGUCAUCUAUUCUUUGAGUUCUUGAUUCCGGGGAUGUCACUAAAGACUUGACAUUUAAUCUGAACAUUCCCAUCAUGUUGUUCUGGAUUUAGAAAAAUCUGCAAAUACAAUGGUGAACCAUAAUAUAACUGUUGAUGAAUGGACCACUGUGCUAAUAAAAUGCACACUAAAACAU